AUGAAAGAGCAAAUGAUGGAGUCCCAGAGGGAAAUGAUGAGUCAGCUAUCCCAGCUGUUGUUGAAAGGAGCGGAUAAGGGAAAGGGCCCUAUGGAUAAAGUUGAAGAAACUAACGAGGAUCCUCAAUACCCCCCUGGCUUCACUCCGACGCAUGUACCGAUAAAGCCCGAGAUUAAUUUACCGAAACCAUCUGUCACGAUCAUGCCCCAGCAAUACCAGGCCAAUGCCUCGACACCAAUAAACAUUCCUAUAGGAUCAGGCUCUAAUCCGGGGGAUAAUCCAGCUAAUCCAUUUGUCCCAGACCUUGAUGACAUGGCAGAAAUGGAGAAAGGAAAAAUAGAUAUGGCAAAACAACUCAAUAAUCGGUGCAAAUGGCUUGAGGAAAAAUUCAAAGCAAUGGAAGCUACUGAUUACUGUGGCGGGAUCGACGCCAAGGACUUAAGCUUGGUCCCAGAUCUGGUGCUCCCACCAAAAUUUAAAACUCCGGAGUUUGAAAAGUAUAACGGGACGAGCUGCCCUGAAGCUCAUAUUACGAUGUUCUGUCGAAGGAUGAAAGGGUAUAUUAACAAUGAUCAGCUGUUGAUCCACUGUUUCGUGACGCUUUGA